AUGCUCUCGACUGACUCAGGCGGAACCUCGGCUCCGGCGCCGACCCUCCUGCCUUCUGACCGACCACCUGAUAUACCAAGCGAUUUGGCGAUAGCCGAGUCUAAAUUAUUGUCUCUUUCAGUGGCUCCGAACACUAGUUCCAUUGACAUGGCUAUUGAUUCAUCUGCUUUGACUAUGCAGGAGCGACCGGUCCAAGUUCCGGUGGCGGGGCCUCAGACGGGGCUGGGGACUGGCCAACCUCUCUCGUAUGCUAAGGCGGUUAUGGGUGCACCGGCGAAGGCGUCAACCCUGAAUCAAGUGCAACGUUGGACCCGGUAG